UUUCGACAUUUUCCAUCUGCGGUCUCACCGACCAGAAAAAGCAAACGAAAAGCGGAGAAAGAAAUAAUAAUUCGUGUUUUGUGUGCAAAGUGCAAAGGGUAGAUAAGUUGAAAUAUUCUCGCUGUCGAGACCCAUAAAAACCCGAAAAAGUGGCAGGAUUUUGGAUAUCCAUAUCGUGCGCGGAGCUCUACUGAUUUUUCCUUUUGUUGACGUCGCAUUGUCGUCAUCGUCAUCUUGUGACUGUGUCUAUUCGAGUCCGAGUCCGAAAAAAGAAAGAAAAGAAAGUCGUAAAAUAUAGAAAAGAAAACUAGUUGGGGAGGAGGAGUCGCACACAUACAAACAGACACACGGAGCCCCCCACUCACAGACACACACAGCAAACACUCACUCACACACACUCAGGCGAACUGCAGUGAAGCAACAAAAACAACAAUAAACACAACAUUGCAGCUUGCUUUGGAGCACUUAUACAGCAAUAAACAAAAACCAAAACGAAUAAAAACCUAAAGAGCAAAGAUAUCAAUAGCUUUCUCAAGCAAAAGUCCAAAGUUUCUGUAUAGAAAAUAAAAAGCAAAGUCAAACGCAAAAACAAACGAAAAUGAGAAAGCAAAAGGACGAUAUGCAGGUGAAUGUCGCUGGUCUGCGCAGAAACAUUAAGAACCUUGCGCACAACUACUCCGAUGCCCAGGUCAAAGUUCGGGAGGCCACCUCAAAUGACCCGUGGGGUCCUUCGGCCGCCAUAAUGGGCGAGAUAGCGGAUCUCACGUACAAUGUGGUCGCCUUUUCGGAGAUUAUGCAGAUGAUCUGGAAGCGCCUCAACGACCACGGCAAGAACUGGCGCCACGUGUAUAAGGCACUCAUCCUGCUGGAAUACCUGAUCAAGACCGGCUCGGAAAAGGUUGCCCAGCAGUGCAAAGAGAACAUCUUCGCCAUCCAGACGCUGCGUGAGUUCGUCUACUUCGAGGAGGGCAAGGAUCAGGGCACCCACGUUCGCGAGAAAGCCAAGCAGCUGGUAAAUCUGUUGAAGGACGAUGAGCGGCUAAAGAACGAGCGAGUGAAGGCGCUAAAGGCCAAGGAGCGAUUCGCUCAGCAUCCAAGUGGAUUCGGCAGCGAUGGGUACAUAGAUGGACCAUCACAGCGGGAUAUGCCGCCGGGUUGGCAGGAGGAGCCACCCAAAUCGGUAUCUGAGCUGGAAAUGGUUCGCCCGCAGACGGCCGGCGAGGAGGAGCUGCAGCUCCAGCUGGCAAUGGCCAUGUCGCGCGAGGAAGCUGAGCAGGAAGAGGCCAAGAGGCGUAGCGAUGAUGUGCGUCUGCAACUGGCCCUCAGCCAAAGUGAGCAGGAUUUCAAGGAUCCCAAUGGACGGCCCAUUCCUGCGCCCAAGAAGGAGGAGCCACAGAGUCAUUUGCUGGACCUGCUGGACAUUUCACUGGGCGCCACAAGCAUCUCCAGUCCGCCGCUGGGUGCUGCGGGCGGCGCCCCUGCGGCCGUUGUCGAUCCAUGGGCUACGCCAGCUCCCCGUGCACCCAGUCAGCUGUCAGAUCCUUGGUCGGGCACUUCCUCGCCACAAGUCGAUCCCUGGCAUCCCUCCGCCACGCCGCGAACCAUCCUUGGCACCGGAGUGCCGAUGAGUGCGGCGCCAAUGGGCGGAGCAACUGGAAACGAUGCCUGGGGAGGACGGACUCAGUCCCCUUCGGUGGCCUCAGGCUCCUCCAACGAAGGCUGGCUGCAGACCAACGGCAACGCCAAUCUGAAUGGACGUGGAGCAACUCCGGCGGGACCUCCUGCCGAAGGCUGGUUAAUAAAGCCAACAACAGCCGGACCUUUGGGAGCUGCGCCUGUCAACCAUGCGGCAAAUAAUGGCAGCUCACCAGCGGAUCCUUGGCUGGCCGAGCCUGCAGCUCCGGCGCCACUAGGAGCGGCAGCCGCCGGAUUAGCGGAUCCCUGGGCGGCAGGAGCACCACCUCAGACGGGGGCGUUGGAUGAUCCCUGGAAAGCCCUGGGAACAGGCGCUAUCAAGAAACAAUCCCCCGAGUUUGACGAGUUCGACCUUAUUACCAACCGGAACAAGAGUGAGCUUAGCAAUUCCAACGCCUCCAACAACAACAAUGCUUCUCUGCUUGAUGACAUGGAUCCACUAUCGGUAAACUACGGAAAUGGAGCUAUAAACAGCAGUAUAGGCUCUGUGCAUCCGUCGACGGGCGCCACGGCAAAGAAACCGCUGAAGGAUGCCCACUCCUUCCUUGGCGAGAACUCCGCGCUAGUUAACCUGGACAAUCUUAUUAAACCCACUGCGUCACAGCCGCAAACGGGUAACGCUCUUGCUUACAAUCCCUUCAGCGAUAACGUGAUGCCACCCAAGACGAAUCUAUUCCAGCAACAGCAGCCAGCCGUGCCGUCCAUCAAUCAGCUGAAACAGCAGGCUCCCUUCACAGUUAGCAUGAACCAGGAUCCCUGGGCACCCGUAAUGGGUGGCGUUAGUGCGACCUCACAGCCAAAACUUCCGCCCCCCGUGCGACCCACUAGCCUCAACUUGGAGCCCUCGUCACUGGGGGAAUUUCAGCUGUUGAGUGCGUUUAGUAAUCCCGUCAUUCCCUCCUCCAAUAUCCCUCAGCCACAGCAGAAUUCACAGGUCUACAACUAUGCGUAUCAAAGCAACAGCAACACCAAUAUUCAUGGCAACAGCAACAUGAACAGCUCCAACAGCAACAGCACCAUAUAUAGCACCUUUGUGAGUCCAAGUCCUGGCAUCGAUGGCAUCCGCAACAUGGAUAUACUCAGCGAGCGUCCCUAUUUUAACAGUCCAACAGCACCCGCUGAUGAUUCCUAUAUGUACAAUAAUAAUAAUAUCAGCAGCAACUAUGGUACUCCGAAACUUUAUUCAAGCUACGCUGCCAGCUACAGCAGUGCCCUAUCCGAUUCGCUGGCCGAAACCCCGGGAGUUAGUGUGGCUCCCAUGGGCUUUGCGGCCGAUCCUGUCAUGAGUUUUGGUCCCUCAUCUUCCGCGUCCAACCACUGCAAGCUGGAACAAAACAACAACAUGCCGUGGAUCAAACCGGAAGCAGCUACAAAUCCAUUUUUAUCGUAAACCGGAGCGGAUCAAGCAACAGCAAUGUGAGCUGGAGCAGCAGUGGGAUCAUCAACUAAGGGAACGUCAACUAAAUAAUACCUGGCUGGUGUACGGAGCUGUCCAAUAGCGUUAGCAACAAUAGCAGCAGAAGCAACCAAUUUUAGCCCUACAUAACUGCAAAGAGAGAAAUAUGAAUUAAUUAAUAAAUUAUGUGUAAGGAAGUAUUAUUAAACUGUAAAAUAUGUGAUGUACGUGAGAGAGAAAGCCAAGAUCCAGCGACAGAAAAUGAGAAGGAGUAGAAACAGCAACGACACCCAGCCAAGAUGAGUAGAGAAAUCUGCCUGAAUUUCGCGCAGGAAGCUUACAUUCAAAUAGAACUUGAGUCUAAACACAUUUGCAAUACCUAAAUCUGUAAACCAGUCUUUAGGAUAGCAUAAGACAUCUCCAGCGCCACUCAACUGACUUUGAAAUUAUUCUCCGUACGAUUUACACUCAAUUCUAACGUUUUUAAAGAUCAUUGGUAGUUAUGCACCUUUAAGUUGAGUGGAUGUUAGGGAUCUCUCAUUGGCAGUCAUUAUGUACUUCCUUAGUUGAUCAUUUACUGUUAAAAAAGUUGUAUCCUUGUUAAGCCGAAAACCAAGAAAGCAACCGAUAAAAAGAAAUCCGAUCGAGUCCAAAUGAGAGAAGCGAAAAGAAAACUAAAAAUUGUUAUAUAGCUUUAAAGAUUGCAUUGGUAAAAAAUCAUGUUAAAAACAAUGGUAAACAAAUUAUGUGUGCUUGUAAUUGUACAUUUUUUACGUUCUUAUUUUGUGAAAUUUAUUGUGCGCGCAUGGUGCAGAAACCAAAUACAAUUAUAAAUGGCUUUUGGCUAUCGAUUUUUAAACACA